CCAGUCGGAGCAGUUUACCGGCGUCCGUCUCGAAGCAGCAGCAGCCACCGACACGAACCACCGACACGAACCACCGACACGAACCACCGACACGAACCACCGACGCGGAGACGUCAGAUCACUUCAUCUGAGUUAACCGAACAUGUUGUCGUUAAGCGGGCUGUCGGUGGCGCUCGCGCUCGCUCUGUUUCCCGGUUCCGGCGAAGCCUUGAGAGAAGGCGACUGUGAAGUGUGCGUGACCUUCCUGGGGAAGCUGUACCGGUCGCUGGAGGACGACAAGGUGAACUUCAACAGCGCGGACAUCGAGAAGGCCGUCGUGAAGAGCUGCCGGGACGCCAAGGGCAAGGAGAACCGCUUCUGCUACUACAUCGGGGCGACCAGCGACGCCGCCACCAAGAUGAUCAACGAGGUGUCGAGGCCGCUCAGCCACCACGUCCCCGUGGUCAAGAUCUGUGAGAAGCUGAGGAAGAAGGACGGACAGAUCUGUGACCUGAAAUACGACAAGCAGCUGGACCUGACCACGGUGGACCUGAGGAAGCUGAGGGUGAAGGACCUGAAGAAGAUCCUGGAGGUCUGGGACGAGUCGUGCAAAGGCUGCGCCGAGAAGAACGACUUCAUCCGCAAGAUCACGGAGCUCAUGCCCAGGUACGCCCCGGCAGCCGCCAGCGCACGGACAGACCUGUAGGCCGGGCCGGGUCUGGGACGGGACGGGACGAGCAGCUCCCGGCUCUCUGUGGCGUCGGCUUCUACUUUCAAACCAACAAUGAACUCAUUAAACGGGAAAUACCAGCUUUUGUUUUUUUAUUUACAUUUUUGUUCCGGUUCACGGAACGUUGACAAAGUCACGACGUCGGUCCCCGUUUGUCCACGAGAUGCUGAGUCGCUGCUCUCCACCACCGGGAGACGAGCUCUCCGUGAUGAGCCUCACAGCCACGGAGCAACUCUGAAAGGUUUUAUAUAUAUCAAAGGUUUUUUGUGUAUAUAAAACAUUUCUGAGUUUAUCUGAAAUGACAUGAAGCUCAACGCUGAUGCACAUUUUUACAAUAACGUGAACUUUGUUUUUUCCCUGACAAAUUAUUUCCACGGUGUCUGAACUGGUGAAACACACACGUAUGUGUGUUUACAUGUAGACUUGAUAGGUCUGGAGUUCUUCAACAUUUGUCUUUGUUUCAAUCUAAAGUUUAAUAAAUUCAACAACUGGGGCCUUUAUUUAAAUAAAAUGACCCUUCUUGCUUUCCAUAUCUGAUUCUCGACCCAAUACAACACAGAAGUGGCAAAUAAUCUAAAAAUCAUAACCUCAUAAAGAAUACAGACUCCCGAGCUUUAGACCAAUCACAGAGCUUAUCUUGACUUUAAACCAAUCACAGUUGUUUGAAGCACUUUUGAUGGAUUUCUUUUCUCAUUGUGAGCAAUACAAACUUUAUUAAAAACAGAAUCCACAAACAUGCGGGUUAAAACUGGGAAACAAUCGAUGAGAAAAGUAAAGAUAUAAAUACGCUCAGAUAUUUAUUGAUCUUCAUUUCUCGGUCCUUGAUUUGUGGAUUUUUGUUUUGAGCUGAUUUGACGCCUGAUUUCACGUGAGGUUCCUGAAUGCCACGCCAAACAGGAAAUGAAGGUUACUGAGGAUUGAACUACUAGUCAAAAUGUUUGAAUGGUUCCUGAACAUGGAGGUAAAUGACACACACACACACAGCAGCUAUGGUAUACUUUAAGGAAACAGGAAACAGUUUGACUUGAAACAGGAAAUGAAAACUUGAACCUUCCGUUUGGUUUCACGCCGUCUCGUCUUUUCUUUUCAUAUUGUUUGUUACAACUGUGAUAUUCUACUUUUUCAUUAAAAUGUGAAAACGGC